CCCACACGGCAACUUUUCUCUCUUUUUCUUUUUGAAAGGAGCAAUCUCUCUCUCAUUUAUUUAUUUCAGCUCUGGCAGUCACACCCAUCCACAUUCUCUCUCAAGUCAACAACAGCAGCAGAGCAUGGCAUCCAAACUUGCUUUCUUGUUGAUUCUCUCAAUCUACGCCGUUCAUCUUGGUGAUUGCGCCAAUAACGCGGCUGCCCCAGCGCCGGCCGUCGACUGUUCGAGUCUGAUAGUGAACAUGGUGGAUUGUCUCUCAUUUGUUUCGGCGGGAAGUACGGAGACGAAACCGGCAGCGACAUGCUGUUCGGGGCUUAAAAAAGUGUUAAAAACUGAUGCUGAGUGCCUUUGUGAAGCCUUUAAGAGCAGUGCCUCUUUGGGUGUUACUUUGAAUGUCACAAAGGCCCUCACUCUCCCUGAUGCCUGCAAAGUCUCUACCCCCCCUGCCAGCAAGUGUAAUCUGUCUCUUUCUCCUGCUGGUGCACCUGGUGUGUCUCCAAGUGGUGCAGCAGCUCCUUCACCCACGAGUGGAGGAGAAAAUGAGCAAGCCCAAGCACCAGCUCCAGCGUCCUCAGCUUCCUCAAUGCUUUCCAUUUCAGUUGGAUCCUUGAUCAUAGCCUUAGCUUUUGCAUUGUUUUGUAGUUUCUGAGGCUGAGGGAAGAGGGAGACAUCCAUCAUGAGUAUUGCUAUUAUCAUUUUCAUGUGACUGGACUGCACUAUUAUUAUGACAUGUAGUUGUGUUUCUAUUGUCCUUAA